AUUUGUUUAUAUAAUUUUGUGCAUAGUGCUUUUAGUAGCAGAGUUCCUAAUGCAUGUCGGAAUCGUUAUUGUAUUAAAAUUUUUGCUUUUUCUUUUGUAAACGAUGGACAGACAGCGGCUAAGCGAAGCAGGUGAACGGAAGAUGUCGGGUACAGGGGGAGGAAAACGUCCCUCGGGAGGGGACAGCCCCCCUGGUCCACCUGAAAAGAAAAGCAAGAAGGAAGAGAAGACCACCACCACCCUAAUUGAGCCCAUCCGAAUAGCUGGAGUGUCCUCUACGGAGGAAAUGGACAUGAAGGUCCUCCAGUUCAAGAAUAAGAAGCUAUGUGAGCGCUUGGAGCAGAGGCAGGCGAUGGAGGAUGAGUUACGAGAGAAAAUUGAGAAGUUGGAAAAGAGACAAGCCACAGAUGACACCACCCUGCUUAUUGUCAACCGCUACUGGUCACAGUUAGAAGAAAAUGUGCAGGUCCUGCGCAAGCGCAUUGAGCCAGAAACUCCAGUGCCAUCUACCCCUGCACCACCCUCAGCACCUCUCCCUGAUCCUUCACCAAUGGAAGUAGAUGGUGUCACUCUGGCCUCGCCAACUUCUGUGGUACCUCCACCUCCACUUCCAGAGGCCCAGAGUGAGGGGGAACAGGCAGAGCAGCAGGAGGAAAGGCAGGAAGAGCGUCAGGAGGAGCAGCAGCAGCAGCAGCAGCCCCCUCUGCCUUCAGGGUCAGAAGAUGGGAUGACACCCACAGAGCCACCACAGGACUCAACAACAGAUACCCCUCCACCCCCUCCUCCCCUGAGUGAGAAUGCCAAGGGUUUCCUAACUACCCUGGAGCACAGCAGUGAAGAGGAACUAACUUUACAUCUCCAGGACCGCAUGCAGUUCAGUAAAGGAGCCAUUGCCUGCUUAGUGUGUGCCUUUGACCGACUCCAUAGCCGUAUUGACAGCAUGUGCAAGCAGGUCCAGGCUGCAGCCUGUGAGGAGGACAGCCAGACCGAAAGUGUCAAUGAGAACCAAACUUUGGUGGAGGAGAACAGUCGACUGAGAGACCUUGCAACUCUCCUGCAGGGCCGACACCACAAGAUGUCCAUGGAGUACAACGAAUUGGUGGACAAGGUGACCAGCUCUGAAACAAAGGUGUCUGAGAUGGAGACGACGGUGGAGGACCUGCAGUGGGACAUGGAGAAACUAAGCAACAGGGAACAAAAGCUCAAUAAACAUCUGGCAGAAGCCAUGGAGCAGCUUAAAUCUGGAUACAGCUGCACUGGAAGCUCAGGUGGAUUACCUGGAGGCCAGAUUACAUUAAACAUUCAGAAGUUUGAGAGUUUGAAUGCAGAGUUGGAGCACAAUCAGGAGUUGGCCAAUAGCCGCAUGGCAGAGCUUGAGAAACUGCAGGUGGAGCUCCAAGAGGCUGUGAGGGAAAGUGAAAAGCUAAAGAUGGACCUGCGGAAUAUUCCAGAGGAGGUUGUGAAGGAGACUUCAGAGUACAAGUGUCUGCAGUCCCAGUUCUCCCUAUUGUACAACGAGUCACUGGGGGUUAAAACUCAGCUGGAUGAGGCACGAGCCCUCCUCUUGACUGCAAAGAAUGCCCACUUGCGACAGAUUGAGCAUAUGGAGAGUGACGAGCUGUCACUUCAGAAGAAGCUGCGAACUGAGGUCAUCCAGCUGGAGGACACACUUGCCCAGGUGCGCAAAGAGUACGAGAUGCUCCGCAUUGAGUUUGAGCAGAACUUGGCAGCUAAUGAACAAGCAGGACCAAUCAACAGAGAGAUGCGACACUUGAUUAGCAGCCUGCAGAACCACAACCUACAGCUGAAAGGAGAUGUGCAGCGUUACAAGAGGAAGUUGAGGGAAACCCAGAUGGAGAUAAAUAAGUUACGCUGUCAGAGUGGUGACACAGGGGUUCUCAUAUUGGAGGAAACAACGAGUGACAGCAUGGACGUGAAAAAAGAAGAGGAUGAAGACCAGGAGGAGGAGGAGGAGAGGAGAAAGGAACUGGAGAGGCAGCGAGCCCGGGAGAGAGAGCGGGAGAGGGAGGCUGAGCGAGAACGAGAGCGGGAGCGAGAGAGAGAGCGGCAACGCAGUGAUGAAAUGAAGAGGAAGGACUCUGACACACUGAAGAUGCUCAGAGUAGAACUAAAGAAAGCCCAGGAGUCCCAGAAAGAGAUGAAGCUCUUAUUGGACAUGUACAAGUCAGCUCCAAAAGAACAGCGGGACAAAGUGCAGCUCAUGGCAGCUGAACGCAAAUCUAAAGCUGAGGUGGAUGAGUUAAGGAUGCGAGUGCGAGAGCUGGAGGAGAGAGAGAGGAAGGAGAGCAAGAAGCUUGCUGAUGAAGAUGCUCUGAGGAAGAUCCGAGUGGCGGAGGAGACAAUUGAGCAUCUGCAGAAGAAACUCGCUGCUACUAAGCAGGAGGAGGAAGCCCUGUUGAGUGAGAUGGACGUGACAGGCCAGGCCUUCGAAGACAUGCAGGAGCAGAACAGCCGGCUGCUGCAGCAGCUACGCGAGAAGGACGAUGCCAACUUCAAGCUGAUGAGUGAGCGGAUCAAAUCAAACCAGAUCUACAAGCUGCUGAAGGAGGAGAAGGAGGAGUUAGCGGACCAAGUUCUCACAUUCAAAACACAGGUCGAUGCUCAGCUGCUGGUGGUUCAGAAACUAGAGGAAAAAGAGGGCGUCCUUCAGAGCACACUCGCCGCUCUAGAAAAGGAACUGUCUGUUCGGACACAAGCGCUCGAACUGAACAAGAGAAAGGCGGUGGAGGCCGCCCAGCUGGCAGAGGACCUGAAGGUGCAGCUGGAGCACACGCAGGCCAAGCUCAAGGAGAUCCAGGUGUCUGUGGCCGAGAACCGCACUGCCCGGGAGAGAGAGAGCAGCAACCUGAAACGAGCACAGGAGGAUCUAUCCAGACUGAGACGGAAGCUGGAGAAGCAGAAGAAGGUGGAAGUGUACUCUGACGCCGAUGAGAUCCUGCAGGAAGAAAUCAACCAGUACAAGGCCAAGCUGCGCUGCCCCUGCUGCAACACACGAGACAAGGAGACAGUUCUCACCAAGUGUUUCCACGUGUUCUGCUACGAGUGUCUGAAGAUGCGUUACGAUACCCGACAGAGGAAGUGCCCCAAGUGCAACUGCGCCUUUGGAGCUAACGACUUCCACCGCAUCUACAUCACCUAAUCCGUGGAGGGAAAAGAAGUAGAGAACCAAAGGACAAAGGGACUGGAGUUAGAGUUAAAGACAUUAUGGGGACAUUGUACUCCUCGUUUUAAUCUCUCUUUGGAAGGACUUUGUUCCAUCUUUGCCACUUGGUGAUAAAUUUGGUGACCAAACAGAUAGCAUUGUGCUGUAGUUACUGUGCACACCGUGAUAUUCGUACAUGUUGAGCUGCUCUGCACUGUUUUUUCCUAUCCUUGUAACAUUGAACAUCCUCUCUUUUAACAAACUUGGCCCUCUUUUAAACAUGUCUUUGUUUUUUGUUAACUGUCUCAAAAACUUGGAACUGCAGUGGUACAUGUUUGAUCCCCUGAAGCAUUUCUUUGAGUCAUUUUGUCCUGCUGCUUUUGUAAACCCUGUAAAAUCGGUGAAGCUGAAAUUUAAACUUCAUAAUUAAAAGAAGCCAUCCUCUCCAGAAAGAAGGAUUGCAUGUGAAAAAGUCAA